CUGUCCCUACCUGGCCAGCAAACUGACCCUGGCCAUCCCCAUCAUCGCUGCCAUCCUCUUCUUCUUCGUCAUGAGCUGCCUCCUGCAGACCAGUUUUACUGACCCUGGCAUCCUACCCCGGGCUACCACCUGUGAAGCAGCUGCCCUGGAGAAGCAGAUUGACAACACAGGCAGCUCCACAUACCGACCACCUCCUCGGACCCGGGAGGUGAUAAUCAAUGGACAGAUGGUGAAGCUCAAGUAUUGCUUCACCUGUAAGAUGUUUCGGCCACCCAGGACCUCACAUUGCAGUGUCUGCGACAACUGUGUAGAACGGUUUGACCAUCACUGCCCCUGGGUGGGCAACUGUGUCGGGAGACGGAACUACCGCUUCUUUUAUGCGUUUAUCCUCUCUCUCUCCUUCCUGACGGCCUUCAUCUUUGCCUGCGUGGUCACCCACCUGACUCUGCGUUCUCAAGAAAGCAACUUCCUCUCCACUCUGAAAGAGAAACCAGCCAGUGUGCUCGAGUUGGUCAUCUGCUUCUUCUCGAUCUGGUCCAUCCUGGGCCUCUCAGGGUUCCACACUUACCUCGUCGCCUCCAACCUGACAACUAACGAAGAUAUCAAAGGGUCCUGGUCCAGCAAGAGGGGCGGUGAGGCCUCUGUCAACCCCUACAGCCAUAAAAGUAUUAUCACCAACUGCUGUGCUGUGCUCUGUGGCCCCCUACCUCCCAGCCUGAUUGACCGGCGGGGAUUCGUGCAGUCUGAUGCUGUAUUGCCCUCGCCCAUCAGAAGUGACGAGCCAGCCUGUGGGGCCAAGCCAGAUGCCAGCAUGUAUGUACGGGGGCUGAAGGAGCUCCUGCGGACCGCCACUCUCUGCCUCUCCAGGAGUGGCCCGGGGGGAGCCAGGCACCCUGCACCUCCACCUGCCUAACCUGUGGCCCAUCUGCCACCAUCUGUGCCUACAGGGUCUGUCCCCCAGCCUGUCCUACUUGUGUGCUCUCUAGAGACCCCCACAGUGGGCAGGUGCUGACCUCUCGGCCCCAGCCCACUUGCUGGCCAGAGUGUAUAGAAAGCCAUACUGCAGCCUCAGCACAACAUACACUAGUGUAACCCUGCUGAGCCCCCCCUCCCCCUCCCUUCAUGCCCCUUCCCCGGAUUUAUGGAGUGUCAAGACUCUUGAGGAAUCCUGCCUUACAGCCGCCCCCCAGUCAGCAGAGCCAUAGGCAAGCCAAGCAGGUUCCUUCUGGAGCUAUCUGGGUGUCGAUGACGCUGCUGAACAAGUUUGGCGACUGUUCUGAGCACAACGGCUCAACACUGUUCCCACGCCCCCAUCCCCCCAGGAGGAUGUGAAGUGUGAGCCUGUAUCCUUGGCCCCAGGCACCAAGGGCUACACAGCUCCAUGUUCUUCCAAGGAACCAACAGGGCCAGACCCAGGAGGAUCAGCUGUGCCCAGCAUGGGGGGGGGGGGGCUGCUCGCCUGCUGUUCACUACCUUUUGUAACAGAAAUAAAGACACCUCCCCUUCUUGCCAGA